GAACUGAGCCCAAACCACUGUGACCCUGCUUUCCUCCCUCAGGUGGAGUCUGAUUGGCAUCGGAAGCCAGGCCGAGCGAUGGCUAACUCAACCACAAAUCAAACCGAGAUCUGCAACAAGCAGAGCCACGCACAGUGGCUGUUUGCGACCGUGUACAGCAUCAUCUUCACUAUCGGUCUCCUCUUCAACCUCCUGGCCUUGAUCUUCUUCUUCCGCUUCACCAAGAUCCGCUCGCAGACCACGGUCUACAUGAAGAACCUCGCCUGCGCCGACCUCCUGCUGGUCAUCUCCCUGCCCCUGAAGAUCUACAUGUACUCCACCGGCAGGCCCCUGGACCGCACCAUCUGCGAGAUCAAUGGCCUCAUCUUCUUCAUCAACAUGUACGGCAGCAUCUUCUUCCUCACCUGCAUCAGCCUGGACCGGUGCGUGGCCAUCUGCUUCCCCCUCAAAUGCCGGGUCAACGAGUUCCGCAAGAAGGCUGUGUGGAUCAGCGUGGGGGUGUGGGUGCUGGUGGUCGGAGCGAGCAUGCCUGCUUACCUCAUCACCAAACUGAGAAAAACUGGAGGAAGCAACAAUGAAAGCUGCACCAAUUGCUUUGACGAGCACCCGAGCUACAUUACGAGGCCAUCUUCAGUGGUGCUGUCGUUGGUGAUUGGUUACGGGACUCCCUUGGUCACCAUGGUGAUCUCAUCGGUGGCCUUGCUCCGGGCGGUCAGGCUGAGCACGGUGGCCCAGAUGGACAUGGUGGACUGUCAGAAGAUCAGGAACAUGGUCCUCACCAAUGUGAUCAUCUUUAUCAUUUGCUUCCUGCCCUACCAUACCAUCCUCUUCCUCUUCCUGCUGAAUCUGAACGUGGCCCAGGUUUACCGCAUCGCCAUGGUGAUCGCCUCCUGGAACACGGUGCUGGACCCCGUGGCCUAUUACUUCACCACCGAGACCUUCCAGAAGACGUUGGGGAUGCAGACUCUGAGGAACCCCCUCUCAUCCAACACGGACAGUGCUGAGACACACAACCGCUUCCUCACAGUCAACACACACGCUACCUCUAUCCCCCGCACACCCCCACCAGAUAAAUGGUGAAACCCACCUUCACAAAGCAGCUCGGUUCAAUGGGGCCAACCCAACAACUCUGCAACCAACCAACCCACCAACCCACCCAUCAACCAA